ACCCACACCCACACCCACACCCACACUCCACCCAGCCACACCCCACACCACACCCAUACCCACACCCACACCCACACCCACACGCACAUCCAUACCCACACCCACACCCCACCCACACCCACACCCACACCCACACCCUUUCUAUUGUACAUUUCGUUGUUUUUCUUAUGAUCGAAGUUCUCUGUAAUUAUCAAAAUACAAACAAAAAAUGUUUAUGUACUUUCUUAUUUAUUUUUGUUUUCUGUUUCUUGAAAUAUUUCUUCUGUUGUUUGUUUAUGAUAUUACUUGUGUCUCUUUCUAUCUCUCUAUCUAAAUUCUUUUUUUUCUUUAUGUCAAAAAAAGUAUUCUAUCUAUCGGGUCAUCGUUUGUAUACCAUCUUGGAACAAAGACUAAUGAGUCACUUAACAUCUCUCAAAGAAGGAUAAACAUGAACUCAGUUUCGAACAUCCUGUCUUUUUCUAUUACGAUUUGGUUGUUUUUAUUGUCACGGUCUUCGGGUUAUUUUCGUUCUAAACCUCAGUCAAAUUUGAGGAUUGCAUGUAUAAGCAUCAAUUGUUGGUGUUCGUUACGAUCUUCUGAGCAACUUUCCUCACGAAUGCCCUGAUUUUUUCAAUUUUUGACUGAUUUUUGUCAUUCAGAAUUCCUGUACAGCAAAUUCCGAACACCCUGUCUUUUUUUCCUAUGCCCGGAGAUCGUAAUGAAAACUUCGUGCGAAAUGCCCGUUUCCCUGAAAAAUAUUAUAAUAAUUCUGGAUCAUCUUAUCAAUCAAUUUGUAUCUUCCGUGAGUUUAACAUAGAAAAAAUCGAAUGAAAAGAUAUUCAAUAUUGUUCUACUUGUAUUGACGAUGAAAUGAUUGAUCAAGACGGCUUAUAUAAUGAUUUUAAUCAUAUAAAAUCUAAAUAUAUUGAAUUAAAGGAAAAGUUUGGUGGUAUUGACAAGCAAUUACAAUCAUUUAUCUCAUCAAAUUUAGGUAUACCCAAACGAGCUGAAGCACCACUUAAUAAUGAAGAAAAUAUAUGUAAUGAAUGUGAUGAUAAAAGUAGUUCUGAUUCUGAUGAUGAUGGUGAUGAUGAUGAAUCUCAUAUUAAAUGUCAUUAA